UAUAGCAGGACAGUGGCAGGCAUUCUGACACUGGGGGGAACUGACUUGGUGUCACUGACAUCCCCAGUGACACCAAUACAGUUAUCAGUGCUAAUUAAAAGCACUGACACUGUGCUAAUGGCACUAGGCAGGAAGGGGUUAACUUGUGGGUUGAUCAAAGGGCUAACUGUGUGCUGUGUGUGUGCUUUACACUGGGGCGGUGUCUGUGUGCUUCACUGUAAGCACACUGCUUUGGAUGGCUGUGCUGUGCACAGCCAUCCAAAGCAGUGUGCCCGAGCUGACAGGGAGGAGAACAGU